AUGGCCGAUCUUCAGGCAACGGUCGAGUUCGCGGUCGAGUUGUACAAGUUCUACAACGUGGAUCUGUUUCAGCGCGGAUUGUAUCAAGUGCGAUGUUCGUUGCGCGUUUCGCCGCGGCUUCCGGUCCAGGUCGAAACAUGUCUGCCCGAUGCAACGACGGCCGGCAUACCCUCGGUGCAGUCGGUGCUAAAUCAGAAUGGCGGAAGCACCAGCCACGGCAGCUCCAGCAACAACCGUGGGGGAGGCAGCACCGGUAACUCGCCCACCGCCAGCUCCGACAGUCGGUCGGGUGCGACCAUCAUUGAUGACACCGGGGCGUCACGUGUCUUUCAGAUCCUUUAUCGCAACGAGGAGGUGUCGUUGCGUGACGUUAUCAUGUUCCGGGCGCACCUGCUAGUCGACAGCCGGCACCUGAAGGAAUCGAUCGAGCGUGCCGAGUUCUCGCUCAACCUCGAGCUAUGGUUCGGCGAGCAGACGAACGGGAACGUACUGACGCUGGCCUCGACGCGCACACUGCAGCUAAACUUUCAUCCUGGCCGGGGGCUUCACUAUCAUCUGCCGGUACUAUUCGACUACUUUCACCUAGCCGCCGUCAGUGUCGGGAUCCAUGCGAGCCUGGUUGCCCUGCAUCAGCCUUACAUCAAGUGA